AUGAAUCAACCUACAAAUCAUGCGACUAGAGGUCAGCCUUUGAUACCUCAAAACACUAAUAUGCUUGUAAAUUCAUCCUAUGAUAAUCUUACUGCUGAACAAAAAUAUGAAACUUUAACCAAAAGCACGGAUCCAUUUACUAGUGUACAAGAAACAGAAG